UUCAUAUUUUUGUUCCCAAGGUUGUGUUUCUCUCACCACUCCUUUAAAAUCUCCUUCUCUUUCCUUGUUUCCCUCCCUCUCUUUCUUCCCACCAUUAAUGUCAACUAAUGAAUCCCACGCAACCUCCCCAAACCUCCAUACUUUUUAAUCAAAACUAAAUCUAUCUCCUCUUCUUUAAUUUACUCCCAUUAUUUUCACAUCUCACCAUCCACACCCACUCUUUUUAACUUCAACUUAAUUCCAUUAAUGGGUAUUAAGAAAAUGAAGCUAAUUCCUUUUCUUUCUCAAUCAAAAAACAUAGACUCAAAAUUACCUUCUUCCCCACCAUGGCCUUUUCCUUCUUGUGGGAACAUAAACACUCUUUCUUUCCGGGCCAAUUGCAAUGAUGAUUUUCCUUUUCGAACUUUCAACUCUGCUUUUCUUGAUGCUGAAGUGACCCCUCCUUCUUGCUCUUCUAGAACCUUCUCCACUUUUUCGGAAGAAGAUUCUAUAGAUCCUGUAGAAAAUCUUAUUCAUGGGUUGAGCUCUGAUAGGUUCUUUUUCGAACCAGAGCGGAGUAGCUCUUUGCUAUUCCGCCAAAAAGAAGAACAAGAACAAGAAGAUAUAAAUGAAGAAGAAGAAAAUCAAGAAGAAGGAUACAAAGAAAGUGAGAUAUUAUCAAUGGAUUCAAAUAACCCAUAUGAAGAUUUUAAAAGAUCAAUGGAGGAAAUGAUUGAAGCUCAUGGUUUGAAAGAUUGGGAAGGAUUAGAAGAGCUUUUAGGGUGUUAUUUGAAGAUUAAUGGUAAAAAUAAUCAUGGGUAUAUUGUGGGUGCUUUUAUUGAUUUAAUGGCUAGUUUUUCUUUUAAUGAAUCUAAUACUACUUCUACAUCAACAAGAACAACUACUACAAAUAUAACAACAUCUACUUCUUAUUCUAAUUAUUCUUCUCCUUCUUCUCCUCUUUCUUUCCCUUCUUCUUCUACUAAUACUACCCCUUGUCUUUAAUUUCCUCAAUUUUGGAUCAUGAUCAUCAUGUUUCAUCUCGAUGGGUAUUAAUUAUUAUAUUAAUUAAUUAAUUAGUCUUUUUUGGUUGCUCAAGUAGAUCCUAAGCUAUUAUUUAGGGUGAUAAUCAAUGCUAACUUGAUUAUUAUUACUAUUAUUAUUAUUUUUUUUUAUUAUAUUAUUAUAAAUAUUUUGCACAUUUCUAGAUUGAAAUGAGUAAGAAAGAUUUUUCAAUCUGUUGAAUGUAUUGUACAAUCCAUAUUCUCUAUGUACAUUUCUUAGUUUCUUAUGUUAUUAGGCUUCUACUUCUAUAUAUCUUCCCUACUAACACACUUGUGGUUUGAGCAUACGAUGACCGAUUGCAUAGGCUUUUUAAAUUAAUUAAAAUACUUAAAAUUUAAUUUUAUAUUAAUUUAUAUUUUUUUUAAUUCAA